AGGCCCUGAGGGCGGGGCCCCGGCGCCUAUAAAUUCGCCCUACGCCCUGACAUAAACAAAUCUUGCCAGGCCAACAUCUACCGCGGUUGAUUGCUCGCUCACUCAUCCUCGCCUCUCUCUUCACCUCCCGCUGGGCACCUCGCCGCCAACCUUGUUGGCAUCUUUCCGUGCUCGUUCAUUAGGUGUGUAAUAGCAGGGACAUGUCCCGCGAGCUACAGGACGUGGACCUCGCCGAGGUGAAGCCUCUGGUGGAAAAAGGGGAGACCAUCACCGGCCUCCUGCAAGAGUUCGAUGUCCAGGAGCAGGACAUUGAGACUCUCCAUGGCUCCCUGCAUGUCACACUGUGUGGGACCCCCAAGGGCAACCGUCCAGUCAUUCUCACGUAUCACGACAUUGGCAUGAACCACAAGACCUGCUACAACCCCCUCUUCAACUCUGAGGACAUGCAGGAGAUCACACAACAUUUUGCUGUCUGCCAUGUGGAUGCCCCUGGGCAACAGGAUGGUGCCCCUUCCUUCCCAGUGGGGUACAUGUACCCCUCAAUGGAUCAGCUCGCUGAAAUGCUUCCUGGAGUCCUUCACCAAUUUGGGCUCAAGAGUGUCAUUGGCAUGGGGACAGGAGCUGGCGCCUACAUCCUGACCCGCUUCGCACUCAACAACCCUGAUAUGGUGGAGGGCCUCGUGCUCAUGAAUGUGAACCCCUGUGCAGAAGGCUGGAUGGACUGGGCUGCUUCCAAGAUCUCAGGAUGGACCCAAGCCCUGCCAGACAUGGUCGUGUCCCACCUCUUCGGCAAGGAGGAGAUGCACAACAACGUGGAGGUGGUGCACACAUACCGCCAGCACAUCCUCAAUGAUAUGAACCCCAGCAACCUACACCUGUUCAUCAGCGCCUACAACAGCCGACGGGACCUGGAGAUUGAGCGGCCAAUGCCUGGAACCCACACCGUCACCCUGCAGUGCCCUGCUCUGCUGGUGGUUGGGGACAACUCUCCUGCCGUGGAUGCUGUGGUGGAAUGCAACUCCAAGUUGGACCCCACGAAGACCACCCUGCUCAAGAUGGCAGACUGUGGCGGCCUCCCGCAGGUCUCUCAGCCCGCCAAGCUGGCUGAGGCCUUCAAGUACUUUGUGCAGGGCAUGGGAUACAUGCCCUCUGCCAGCAUGACCCGCCUGAUGCGGUCCCGCACAGCCUCUGGAUCCAGCGUCACAUCCCUGGAGGGUCCCCGCAGUCGUUCCCAUACCAGCGAUGGCCCCCGCAGCCGCUCACACACCAGCGAGGGGUCCCGGAGCCGCUCCCACACCAGUGAAGAUGCCCGCCUCAACAUCACCCCCAACUCGGGUGCCACUGGGAACAAUGCCGGGCCCAAGUCGAUGGAAGUGUCCUGCUAGGCAGUCUGCGCAUCAGGCAGUCUGCGUAUCAGUCGUCGUGGACUGGUGGGCUCUCCCUUACAACCCAACCCCUGCCUGUCACCCGCCACCCUGCGCUAAUGCGGUAUUAAUCCAAAGCUGCUUUUCUACAAAUGAACUCUGGCGGUGGCAGACCCAAGCUGUUCAGGCUGCUACCCGGGACCAGAGUGGGUGGUGGUGGACAAAGGAAGAAGCAGUUCGGAGUUCUGUUCUGCUAGCAAGUGGCCCCGGUGGCCCCUCUCUCUAUCCUCAGACACCAAACUGCCAAAACUAAGAAAAGUAGAGCUGUAACACUGCCUGGCCCAAAGCCCAGGCUGAGCCAGCAGCAUCCUGGUUCACGGGCAUUUUGCCAGCCCCUCCCCCCUGCUUCCUGUUUCCUCCCCCACUAAACUCCUUCCUGGAAACAAACUUAUUUCUGAUUUGAAAGGGGAGUGAGGCAGGGAAGUUGGGAGUCUUAUUUUAAGAAGGAAAAACAAGAUGAGGAGGGAAAGAGGCGGGAUCUAGGGCAGGUAGAAGAAACCAAGUCCACACAGUUCACUUGAAGGAAUUGGAUUUAAAGUUCUGGAUGCCAAAACCCACAGCCUGUUUUUCUGACAACCUUUUUUAAUUUGCAGG